AUGGCCACUAUGGCAACGUCGCCAACGAACGCAACCACACAAACGCCUGUCGCGGGUAGAGGACCCUCAGCAGGUCAAAAAGUUAAUGCUUCAGAGUCCACCCUCAUCCACGGUACUGAGGGCGAACAGGUGAAGCCGAUUCAGGGAGAAAAGGAAAUUCAAGAAAAAAUCCAAGAGCUUGAUCUAGAUAAUUGCCGUGUUCUCGUCACCAACGUCGACAGUCAAUCAUCUCUUAACGGCGGAAUAGUGAUUCAAGUCUUGGGUGAAAUGAGUAACCGAAGUGAAUCAUCCCGAAAGUUUGCUCAAACCUUCUUCCUUGCCGAACAGCCUAAUGGCUACUACGUGAUGAACGAUAUCAUCCGGUUCCUCAAGGAAGACGAUGAAGUGGAUGAAGAAGGCGACGAGAUCGAGACGGAAACACGACCGACAAUUGAGGAAGCCGUGACCAAUUAUGUAAACGACGAAGAGUUAGGCUCUAACUCGCCCACCGGUACACUUGUCGAGGAGCCCAUUAAUGGUCGCACAGUGUCGGAAACCGUCAGGGAGGUUACGAUUACCGUUACUUCUGGUCAAUUUGUAACUCCAGCAGAUGAAGCCGCUAGCGUGGCAGUUAAUGAUACCGAAGCUCAUGAAGAGGUUCAAACUCCGAUCAAUGCGGAACCAACUGAGGUCUCUUCCACUGAUAAUGUUAUGAAUGUUGACCAGCCAAGAUCCAUCCCCGAGGUUCCUAGACCCGUUCACUCGGCUAAACAAGCAUCAGUUGUCGCAAAUGUAUCCGGCCAAACCCAAUCAAUGUCUUCUAACGUUUCUGGUCCAGCGGGUCCGGCUAUUUCUCAAAUUCCAACCUCUAAACCAGUUAAUGAAAGCACCACAGACGUUCCGCAAAACUCAUCCAAACAACCGCCAUCUCAAACUUCUAAACCAGUGAACUCUCAAACGACUUCCACCAAACCACCGUUGACCCCUACUACUAAUUCUCAACCGGCGAAUACGAAACAACCGGCGCCAAACGUUGUUUAUAAUCAAAACUCACGUUCAUCUCAUACUGGACCAACAUAUGCACAAAGAUCGGCACCCUCAGUUCAUAAUGGACAAUAUAAUCAAGCUUCUAGACUUGGAGGCAAGCAAACAAUUUCCCAACAAACAAACUCACUCAAUGGACUAUCGAUUUCUCCGUCUGGGAAUGGUCAAAUAACCCCUGACGCACAACGUCCUGUCUCUCCAACAACUCCAUCAUCCGAAAGUGUUAACCCCACAACCUCUGUUCAACAAACGAGUCCUUCCGGUGAAGAUUCAACUUCAAAGUCCACGGUCGCGAAUGGACAGCCUGCAACCAGUGAAGUAAAUGUUCAUGGUGAUUUACAAAAGAAUAAUCAGGAUCUGGAGAUUGCCUCGGAUCAGAAUGUCCAGGUUGAAACAUUAGCAGCUGCUCUGUCUUCUGUUGUUACUCAACAAGGUGGCACACAACAACAAAAGUCCCAGGACCAACCCGCUGUUAAAACAUGGGCUAAUCUGGCGGCGAACGAUCACACCAAAUGGAGUAACGCGCUAGCAGAGAAAAAGGGACAUGUUGCUUCUGUUCCAGCCCCUGCUCCAAAGUCAGCACCCCCACAGCAGCGACAACAUGCACGUGACAACCAGGACCGUCGUCAAGACGGAGCCAGGGGAAAUAACCGUCGAAAUAGCGUGGAUACCAGCCUUUCUAUCUAUGUCAAAGGAGUUACCACGUCAAUGACUCGCGAACAAUUGAACACGGCUUUCAAGGCCUUUGGAGCCAUUACUAAUCUUGACGUCGUUCACUCAAAGUCAUGUGCGUUCGUCGAAUAUCAAAACGUUGAUUCAUAUAAGGCCGCCCUCAACGCAAAAGCUGUCAAGAUCGGAAAUGAGUCUGUGUUCACCGAGGAACGCCGAGGCGAUGAAUUGCGUUACAAGAAUCUGAGCAAAAAUAUAUCUCAGCAAAUUUUCACCAUUACCAGUAAUAUGACUUCGAUACGGAAUCUGGUUGGUUAUCUCGGAACGGCAAAAGACACGCCGGAUGUGAGGACAAAAUUGCACAAUUUGACCGAGAGGACACGAGACUUGGUCAAGGAUACGAGCAAUAACAUCAAGAACCUUUCACACUUUGAAUCCACUAGUGUACAGAACCGGCACCGUAAGGUUGAGCAAGAAAAGCUCUCCAAGGAUUUUCAAAAAACUUUACAAGAAUUCCAAAAGGUACAAAGGCUCUCGGCAGAAAAACAACGAGAGUACGUUGACAAAGCAAAAGUUCUCAAUGUUCGGAAUGAUGUGUAUGACGAGGACUCGGGUAUUCCCGAAGAACAGCCUCUCAUAGAUGAUAGCCAUAGAAGACUUCAACUCCAAGUAUUGGACAAUGAGAUCGAAUAUAAUGAAUCACUGAUUGCAGAACGGGAGGUCGAGAUUAGAGAGAUUGAACAAGGAAUCAAUGAGUUAAACGAAAUAUUCAGGGAUCUGGGAACACUUGUGACCGAACACCAAACGAUGUUGGACAACAUCGAGAGUAAUGUGACUAAUAUCGCUGUAAAUGUUCGGAAUGCCGCUGAUGAAUUGAGCACUGCCAGUCGUUAUCAGAAGAAAGCACGUAACAGGAUGUGUUGCCUCAUGCUCAUCUUUGCUGUGGUUGGAGGGGUCGUGGUGUUGGCUGCCUUAACAUAA